AUGCAUCGUUAUUUCUUUAUCAUCUUCUUUUUACAGUCUUGCACGAUAGCUGUUUUUAUCGGGUUGCCCUGCUUUGCCUUUUUUCUGGUUUAUGUGCGAUUUUUGGACGGCGACUUAUUACUUUUGGUAGCUGGUCUCUUCUGCGGUUGGGGCGGGCCUCAUAACCUCGCAAAUAAUGCUGUAGUUUUGUUAGCAACGAAGCCCUAUCGAAAUGCGAUAUUUCAUUGGUUUCAAAAAUUGUACUGGAAGGUAAACCCCGGGGCUGCCGAACACGCGGCAUCUGUGGAGCCCGGGAAAUGGCAGGCCGCGCUCCAUGUUAUCGAUAAGUGGCCGACACCGAUCCAUAUCAAUGCCCAGACGAGGAAA